CCCGAGGGUCCCGCCUCCGCUGGCCCCGCCCCUUCGCGCAGGCGCGCUGCCGCCUUGGAGCCGCGGCAGAGGCGUCCCCGUGCCGGGCGGGAGGCGCUUCACCGGGCGCCGUUGGGCGGGCUGCGGGAGGCCGAGGCCCUUAGAGACGCAGCCCUCUGAAAUUAAUGAACCAACAUGCUUGGCAGAAGACCUAAGAAAAGCCCUCAAGCAAAGGGCCAGGGAGCUGCAGUUGCAAAGCAGCUGGGGCUCUUUGUAGAUUUCAAUCCAGAAGAGAUGCUGCUGGCUGCAGAGGAUGGUGGGGAUGAUGGGGACCUUGAAGCAGAGCUUGCAGCUAUCACAGGAGUGAAAGUGAAAGAAGAGAAAUCAAAACCAAAAGUGAAAACUCCUCUGCCCAUGGAUCAUAUUGAAAAGAUGGCUGCAGAGUGUAUGAAGGACCUGAAUGAAGACGAGGAAGACGAAGGAGAUGAUGAAGACUUAGAGAAAGAUACAGACCUGUUGGCAGAAUUGCAGGAAGUUCUGGAAGGUGAGACGGAAAGCUGUGAGGAUGAAACAAUAGCAAUGGAGCCAUCCACUGCUGAACCAGAAAAUGAGGAACCGGAACUGCAGCCACAGACCACCUCACUUCCUGCUGUUACCAGUGAGCUGCAACAGACAAUAGAGAAGAGGCUUGCUAACUAUAGGACAGCAAUUGCUAACGCAAAGGAGUCGGGUGAGUCGGCCAAAAUACGCCGAUACGAAAGAGGCCUUAAGACACUAGAAACCAUGCUGGCUGCAGUGAAGAAAGGCAAAAAAAUCAAUGAGGAAGAAAUGCCACCUCCUGUUGCAACAGGAAAGAGUUCUUCUCACUUAUCCCAAGCUACAGGAGUGGAGCUGGAGAAUACAGGAGAUUCAGUUGGUGACCUACUGGAGAAUAAAGAUGAGUCUGCUGCAGAUGAUGAGCAGAAGACCCCUCAUGAAGCAGUGCAACAUGUGGAAUCAGAGUCUCUACAGGGUCACGAUGCUUCUAGUCCCACUGCAGAAACAGAUCUCCAGAAGAGCAGCACACGAGCAAUACUACUUAUGAGGCAGAAGGAGUAUAAAUUAGCAGCUCUGAAAGCCAAGCAGCAAGGGGACCUGGAGAAAGCAAAGGAAUACAUGAAGGCAGGCAAGAAAUUUAAUGUGGUCUUGGAAGCUUUGGACAGUGGGCAGCCAAUAGACCUGGAGAAUAUGCCUCCAUCUCCUCAGGAUCUUGAGAGCCUAGUAAAUGUACAAGGUGCAUCCAAGCAAAAGGUACCUGCUCCAGUGGGAAGUUUCCAGGAUCUUAAACCACCUGAACCUCACACCCGAGAAGCUUCAGCUUCCCUGCAGCAGCCAAAAACGGUGCUGGAAGCAUUGCAGCAAAGGCUUGAGAAGUACAAGUCAGCAGCAGCACAGGCUAAAGCGAGUGGGGAUGAUCGGAAAGGCAGGAUGCACGAGAGAAUAGCCAAGCAAUACCAGGACGCCAUAAGAGCCCAUAAAGCAGGGAGAAAAGUGAAUUUUUCUGAGCUACCUGUUCCUCCUGGAUUUCCCCCUCUUCCUGGUAUUGCAGCAACGGAUGGUGACAGCUCAAUAGCUGCUGUUCUGGAAAGUGCUGGCAAGCUGGCAAAUAUGGAGGAGAAUGAAGAUGACGAGGAGACUGAACCUCUGGCACAGGCCCCUGUUGCCAAGAAGCCUGCUCAGCUGCCUGCAAAGCCGACUCAAGUUGUUAAGCCAAUUACAGUGCCAUCUGCUGUAGCUGGGGAGGAGAGCUCUCCUGAGCAUGUGAAACGAGCUUCAUCACCUUCCACCGUGCAUCAGGCAGAGUCAAUGGAUCACCUCCCUCCAGCUGUGAGGGAACAGCUGGAAUUUCUGGAGAACAGAAAGAAGCAAUACAUAAGGGCAGCUGUCAAAGCAAAGAAGGAGAAUAACCUUGAACAGGCCAAGAUGUAUCUCAGGACAGCCAAGAGCUUUGACAUAAAGAUUCAGCAAGCAAAAUGUGGCAAACCUGUUGAUAUUUCCAAGCUGCCAUCACCCCCUACAGAUGAUGAGGGCGAUUUUAUCUUCAUACACCAUGAAGAUGUCAGACUGUCUCAGAAAGCAGAUGAAGUGUAUGCACAGCUCAUAAAGCUGCUGAAGGACCAGUAUGAGAGGUGUCUGCAGUAUUCCAAGCAAUUCAUGCAUCUGGGAAAUGUAGCAGAAACGACUCGGUUUGAGAAAAUGGCACAAGGCUGUAGAAAGGACAUGGACAUCCUGCAGCUUGCACGAGCACAAGGAAUGGAGCCUCCAAGCCAUCACUUUGAGGAAAGAACUUUCAAGAUGAUAAGGAUAUUUUCUGAGCUCAACAGCACAGAAAUGCACCUUCUUAUUGUCAGGGGGAUAAACCUACCAGCUCCACCAGGUGUAUCCCCGAGAGAUUUGGAUCCCUUUGUGAAGUUUGAAUUUCAGUACCCGAGUGCGGAGCAACCUCAGAAGAGUAAAACACCUGUAAUAAACAAUAACAAUUCUCCAGAAUAUAACCAGUUGUUUAAGUUGAACAUCAACCGAAAUCACCGAGGUUUCCGGCGAGCAAUUCGGUCCAAAGGGAUUAAAUUUGAAGUAUUUCAUAAAGGGUCCUUUUUUAGAAGUGACAAGCAAGUGGGAACGGCACACUUGAAACUGGAGAAGCUGGAGUCAGAAUGUGAAGUCAGAGAGAUCAUUGAGAUUUUGGAUGGCAGAAAGCCCACUGGAGGGAAACUGGAGGUGAAAGUGAGACUCAGGGAGCCCCUCAGCGGUCAAGAUCUUCAAACAGUUACAGAAAACUGGCUGGUCCUUGAGCGUUAGUUCUGCCUGAGCUCCACUGGCAAGUUAAAGAUGUGGGAUGAACGUCUGCAGAGAGAUGCUGCUAGCUGCAAGCACCAAAGAUGUUAAAUGAAUGCACUACUGAACCUAAUGUCUAUUUUGGUAACAGCCAUAGUGCUUACUAAUAACGUCGGGGCAGAUGUAAGGCUCUGGGAGUUUGCUGCUGCAGGGGACUGUCACUAGUCUACACAAAAUAGACAGAAUUGCCUUAACGUGGGACUACUAAUGUAGCACCAGGAUGAAUGUUACACUAACUAUGCACAGUGGUGUGGGAAAAGUUUAGCCCCUUCAGAAUUCCCUGAGGCAGUGCAAGAACUUUCUGGUCAAGUCACAGGUAAGACCUUUACCAGAACUCAUGUUUUCCAGUGUUGCGGUACAGCCAGCAGUCUGCUACUGCUUCUUCUGUUUCCUUAUCAAGACCUCUCUGAUCUAUCUCUUUUCAUUUCUUAACUAGAGAGGGAACUCAGGCAGUGGAUCCCUCUGUGUGUGCCACUACAGCACGAGCUCAGUGGGAUGCUGCUGUUGAGGAGGAAGGAAUGGCAGGCUCCAGAGCAGCAGGUGUUUAUAGAUGUACAUUCUUGUUCUGGCUCCCAGCUGUCUGCCCUGCGUGGUCAGUGCAGCCCUGGUACUGUGCCUUCAUCCUUUUUCUUUUUAAAUGUAAAAAGGAGGGGAAGAGAAAAUGAAGUAAGCUCUGACUGCUGCUUCCCAAACGUUCCUUGUAUUUGUACAGAAAUAGGCUUUUACAGUUCUUCCAGGUGCUGGGGAAAAUAGCCACUGUUACGUAGGAAACGGGAUUAAGACUAUUUUCAGGAAUGCUUCUGAUCAGCAGCAUACAACAAAAUGGUACCAAAUACGUUUGUGGUGUUAAACCUCCGUGAGCUCAGAGACAGGACUGAUCUCAGAGGAGAGGACGUGCCUGCGCUGCGGGGUCGGAGCCUUUCCUGCACCAGCUCUUUAGGCAGGGCAGGGCACAGACAAGCAGGGUCCAGGCGGGUAAGAGUCAGGCAGCGCUGCCUCUGUCUUCCUGAGCAGAUGAAGACAAUACAGUGUUUAGUUUUUAAUUUCAAUAAAUUUAAUAUACAAAACUACAUGUUGAAAAUAAAAAUAUAAUAUGC